AUGAUCAGAUUGACAAAGACUCUUCCAAGUCAAAUGGAGAGAAAGGAAGAAGAUGUGGUAUCUGCCCAGCAAAGAGAAGCAGCAUCUGACAAACUCCUGCAACAAUUGCAGUCUAGUAUAAAACAAUUAGAAACAAGAUUACAUGUUAGUGUCCAAGAUGGUGAACAAAUGAGAACAGAAAGAACAGCCCUGGAGAAACAAAUCAGAAUGCUUCACACAAAGUGUGCUAAUUUAGAAAGGGAAAAGUAUGAAGCAGUUGCAAGAGUCCAAGAUUGCGUACAGCUGUUAGAAGAAGCUAACCUGCAAAAGAGUCAGGCACUGUUUAAGAAGAAACAAAAGGAAGAGGAAAUAAAGAAGAUGAAAGAUGAAGUAUUUCAGAUCACAGAAGAUACUGCUGCAAGAACUAGGAAGGCAGUAAGUGAUGAUGUUUAGAAAAAAACAACUAUGAACUUAGAGUUAAAAGUUACAUCAUUAUAUAUGAUGUGUGCUCACAUCAGCAGUUUUCUUGUGAUUUGAUAAUGUAAGUAGGUAGGGCAGUACACUGACAGCAUUAUGCUCUUUGGCCUUACCAUCUAGAUAGGUACUCUGCCAACCCAAAUGAUAUUCACACAUCUCUCAUGAGCCAGAAGCACUGCUGUCUAUGCAGAUACUGCUGUAGAGAAGGUGAAGAUGUGGCACUUAUUUCAGAAAUUCUGUUCAGUAGCAUGUGGUCUCAUCUUGGAACUUAGUGAUGCUUUUUGUAUACAUUCAGGUGAUAAGAAUUGUUGAGUUAUAAGAUCAGAUUUUUGUCAUCUCAGUCCUUCAAAAUACACCUCUAUUUAGACAAAUAAGGCUCUUCCAUGAAGUACAGCUAAAUCAAAAAAACCUCAGUAUUGCAGCACGCUUAAAAAAAAAAUAAUAAUAAUCAGAAUUUGGUAGAGAAGCUACAAAAUUUUAUAGUUAUCUGUUUUUGUAACAUUCGUUAUUCUCACAAGUGGCUGAAAAUUAGGAGCUCCUUGAUAACAAACUACUGACAAAUGAAUUUGCUCUCUGUUGAUGUCCCAUCUGCAGUUAAAAUAAAGCUAAUCAUAUCUCCUUGGAGAUUCUUAACAAUUAUCCACAUGUCAAAUGGACUUGUAAGGCACACUGGAGAGGAAGUCUUCUUAUAUAAAUGUGAAGCCAGUGUCUUUUGUUGCAAGUCGAAAACACUGUAAAUCAGUUACCUGGCCUGUAAUUUUUCAGAGGUGUAAUUGAUUUUGCCUCCUUUAACUUUCUUCAUUGUGAUACAAGCCCGUUAUGAAAGGAUUCAUAAUCAAUAAAGAUUUUAAAUAUUAUAUACAUUUUUGAACCCUUUAAAAUGAGGCUGAUUUGUUCCUUCUCAGUGAUUAUCCAGAAAAAGAAAAAAAAAAAAAAAGAACCAACCACCACCAACACACAGAGUUGUGUGGAUUACUUAAAACUGCAGUAUUUAAUGUCACACGUGGUUUGGUGCAGGCACAUGAGCCACAAAGCAAAUAAGCACUGUCUAUUUGUGACAGUGCUGCACUAAUCAGAAUGUAGAAAUUCAGACAUUUCUCCUGUUUUGUAUUUCAUGUAAUCCCAGUAAAAGAGAACCUAUCAAAAGCAUAAAGAGUAAAAUGUUAAGCACUGUCAUAUUCCUCUAGGAGUAGCAAAUAUUUCCUUUUUUGCAUGAUCAGUUACCCGAGAUUCAGAUAUCUUGCUCCUAGUGGACGGCAGCUUUCUGGUAGUGUUAUUGUUU